AUGACGACGGCCACACUGGCGGCCAUGGUGACGACGGCCACACUGGCGGCCGUGAAGGUGGCGCAGUGGUCGCGUCUUCGGAUUCUGAUGGCGGUUCGUCGCUCUGGAGGCCAUGUCCGUUCGCGCUACCGCCUCCAGCAGCAGUUGGCACGGGAGGCAGAGAUCGACAAGCGCGUGGAGGAGCGGCUGGCUGCGAGGGACAUGGAAGCGCGGGGUUUGGAGAAAGGGUCGCCUCUUUUGAUCCAGGUCUUGCAGAACCUUCUUGUCGUGAGCCAGCAGCAGCAGAGGCAGCAUGAUGCGUUCCAGGAAUUCCUCGAGCUCUACGACCGCCACCGCCGCUCGGACGCCUCGGCUGCACGGGCAUCGUCUUCAGCGGACCAGGCGCAAUGGAGGACGGCGGUUCAGCAGCUCACAGGGCUGGUGCAGGAAAGCCUCCGACAAGCCGUUGCGCGAGGGACACCGAGACCGAACCCUGGGACUCCUGGUGGCUUGCCGGCCGGAGAACGCAAGCCGAGGCGCGUGCGCUGCAAGGUCUGCAGCGCUUGCAAGCAGCUCCUGGCCGCGGACACUGCUCGGCUUCCUUGCGAAACAUGGGGCGCGCCAAGGGGCCUUCCUGCCCGUGACAGCGGUGGCCGUUUCUUGCCGUCGUCCUCUCCAGCCCCACUGCGAGAUACACUUCGGGAGGGAGCUCCGCCAGGUCAGGAGGAGUCCGCGGAAGCUCCAGUGGAGCCAGACGAGGAGCUCAGCACCGGGAAGAAGCGCAAGGCCAAAAAGAAAGACAAGAAGGACAAAAAGCAGCGCGCCGAGUGCAGUGACAGGAAAUCCAUGCCGGAUGACGACAAGCGUGACGGAGGAGAUGGCCACGGAGGCUCUACCUGGAGAGCCCUGCGGCUUUAA